GCGGGGGUGUGGGCGGCGCGGGGGCGGGCGGCGGCGCGGGGCGCCCAUCUUCUCCGUGCGGCGGAGCCGGCGGGACGCGGCGGGGGCAGCAUGGCUGUUGGAAAAACCCCACGUUCCCACGGGUCGGAAAAACGCCCCGCGUGCAGCACCCGGGCUCAGCUAGAGCUGGAGAUGGACGCGGAUAAGGGGAAGCAACGCCAGUACUCGCAGAGGAUGGCGGAGCCUCGUUUCAACAACCCCUACUUCUGGCCGCCCCCCCCCACCAUGCCCAGCCAGCUGGACAACCUGGUCUUGAUCAACAAAAUCAAGGAACAGUUGAUGGCGGAGAAGAUCCGACCCCCCCACUUGCCCCCCACCUCAGUGGCCUCCCAGCAGCCCCUCCUGGUGCCCCCCUCCCCCGCCGAGAGCAGCCAGUCCAUCAUGUCCCUUCCCAAACUGCAGCAGGUCCCCGGUCUCCACCCUCAAGCCGUCCCCCAGCCCGACGUGGCCCUGCACGCCCGACCGGCCACCAGCACCGUCACAGGGUUGGGGCUGGCGUCCCGCGCGCCGGCGGUCAGCACCUCAGAGUCCAGCCCGGGGACAGGGACCACCACCCCCUCCACCCCCACGUCCACCAGCCAGAGCCGCCUCAUCGCCUCCUCGCCCACCCUCAUCUCAGGAAUCACCAGCCCCCCGCUCCUUGACUCCAUCAAGACAAUCCAAGGCCACGGCUUGUUGGGGGCCCCCAAAACUGAACGAGGCCGCAAGAAGAUCAAAGCGGAAAACCCCUCGGGACCACCAGUGCUGGUGGUGCCGUACCCCAUCUUGGCCUCGGGGGAGACGGCCAAGGAGGGCAAGACCUACAGGUGUAAGGUCUGCCCCUUGACGUUCUUCACCAAGUCAGAGAUGCAGAUCCACUCCAAGUCGCACACGGAGGCCAAGCCCCACAAGUGUCCCCACUGCUCCAAGUCCUUCGCCAACGCCUCCUACCUGGCCCAGCACCUGCGCAUCCACCUGGGCGUCAAGCCCUACCACUGCUCCUACUGCGAGAAGUCCUUCCGGCAGCUCUCCCACCUCCAGCAGCACACCCGAAUCCACACGGGCGACAGACCCUACAAGUGCCCACACCCUGGCUGUGAAAAGGCCUUCACGCAACUCUCCAACCUCCAGUCCCACCAGCGCCAGCACAACAAGGACAAACCCUACAAGUGCCCCAACUGCUACCGCGCCUACACGGACUCGGCCUCGCUGCAGAUCCACCUCUCGGCUCACGCCAUCAAACACGCCAAGGCCUAUUGCUGCAGCAUGUGCGGCCGCGCCUACACCUCGGAGACCUACCUGAUGAAGCACAUGUCCAAGCACACGGUGGUGGAGCACCUGGUCAGCCAGCACUCGCCGCAGCGGACGGACUCGCCUGGCAUCCCCGUCCGGAUCUCCCUCAUCUAACGGGGGUGGGAACCCCGGACACCCCCCCGCCGAGAGGAGGAGGAGGAGGAAGCAGCGACCCCCCCGCAGCAGCCCCAGAGCCCAGCGGGACGUGCGUCCCCCCCCGCAGGUUUGGUGACAUCGGUGACAUCCAAAGACGGUUUCAGAGCACUUUGAAUCUCUGCGGUUUGGUUUAUUUUUGUUUAUUUUGGGGGGGGACACACACACAGAGGAGGUUUCUCCUCCCCCCAGGAGCGUGUCCCCCCCUUCCUCUCACUUUUUGGAUACAAAUAUAUAUAUAUAUUUAUUGGCCAAGAACUUGGUGCUGCUAAAAAAACACAAAUCAGACCCAAAAUGAACCUUGGAUGGAGAAAAAGAAACACGAAGCUUUGGCGGGGGGGGGGCGGGUCUCACUGCCACCCCCCCCAUGGACUCUCCAGCGGGAGCAAAUGGGACUUGGUUGUCACCUCCUUGGGGGCUUAUUUUUAACCAUUUUUGGGGGUUUUCUUUUGGCUCCUUGCCGAGGGAGCGACCGGGGCUGGAUCUGCCCCCCCCCAAAAUCCCACGGAGCCCCAAAAUUCCGCUUUGGGGAGUGACAGGGGGGAGGGGGGGGGCAUAAAUCGCUUUGCCUUGUGCCCGCCUGUACAUAACCCCGGGGGGGGGGGGUCGCGCCCCCACCGAACUGCGACAACCACCACAAAAACUCAUCUAUAUUCUGUACUUUUCGGUUCCGUUUUUUGGAUAUUAACUGUUAUUUUUUUAUACACUUUUUAAGCCUUAACUCAUCGUUUUAUUUCUGUUGUUUUUUUUUUUUGCCAGGGUGUUUUAUUUACCUUCCGUUUAUUAAUUUUUACCCCUUCCCCCCGUUAUUUUUUACCCCCCCCCGUUAUUUUUUACCCCCCCUAUUCCUCGUUUCCCCCUCGAUGUUGUACGAUACUCUAUAUUGUAAUCUUUUUUGUCAGCAUGUUAAUACCGUGUAAAUACGCCUCUUAUACACUUAACACCCCCCCUCCUUGCCCCCCCCCUCCCCGUUUUGGGGCUAUUUUUUAAGUGUUUCUCGCUGGAAAUCCAGGCCACGAGUCCCUAGAGAUAGUUCGUACCUUAUUAAAAAAGGAGGAAAAAGAGAAAAUAAGAGAAAAUAUGGAUAAAAAAGCCCUUUCCACCCCCCCGCCCCCCCCGCUGUCUUGCAUUGUGGUUCAUGGAGAAGCCGGGGGGGGACGCGCGGUUGCGGUGUCGAAAAGGAGUGACCCCCCCCCCCCCCAAAAUUGGUGCCCGUUUCCAAAAAAAAAAGAAAAAAGGAAAAAAAAAAGAAGAAUAAAACAGAACAAACAAAGAAACAAAA